GAGACUCACUACCGCGCCCGUUCUAUCCAUUCCCGACCCUACUUUGGAGUUCACCGUCUAUAGUGAUGCUUCGAAGAUGGGUUUUGGGAUGUGUCCUUAUGCAGCAGGGGAGGGUCGUAGCCUAUGCUUCGAGGCAGCUGAAGCCUCACGAGCAGAACUACCCCACUCACGAUCUUGAGUUAGCUGCAGUCGUUCAUGCCUUGAAGAUUUGGCGGCACUACCUAUAUGGAGGCAAGUGUGAGAUUUUUACCGACCACAAGAGCCUAAAGUAUAUUUUCACUCAGAAGGAGCUGAAUAUGCGGCAGCGUAGAUGGUUGGAACUGGUCAAGGACUACGAUUGCACGAUUAGCUACCAUCUUGGGAAAGCUAACGUGGUAGCCGUUGCCCUUAGAGGCAGUGGAGGCAGUGGAGCCGCCUCCGACAGCCAGGGGUAUGUUGACCUCUUUGGUUGUGGGACCAACUCUUCAAAAAGGAUGAAUGCCAUUACCAGGCUAAUCAACUCCAGAGGGGAGGAACUCACUAAUCAGAGGGACAUUCAUAACCACAUUUCAAAAUUUUAUAACUCCCUCUUCUCAUCAGAAGGAUCUUGGGGUGGGGACUCCUUGUUGCAACUUAUCACUCCAGCUAUUUCUCAUGAUAUGAACCAAGCUCUUCUGCUACCUGUGGAAGAGGAUGAGAUCAAAUCACCUCUUUUCAGCCUACAUCCUGAUAAAGCACCGGGAGAAGAUGGUAUGAAUGCUCUUUUCUAUCAGCACUUCUGGAGCUUAAUUAAAUCUGACUUCAUUUCUGCUGUCUUGAGUUUCUUUCAAUCUAGUCAAAUGCUUCAGUACUGGAACCACACGAUUCUCUCUUUGAUUCCUAAGUGUGCUUCCCCUGAUACUAUUUGUAA